UCCAGCGGUGUCUAUUUCUUGGCUGCACUUUUUUUAUGUAGUCUACAACGAAUCUAACCCGAAAAUCUCGUCUGCAGCGUUCUAAUGGUCUUGCUUCCUUGUUGUUAAAACGAAAUGGGAAAAAGAGACAAAAGAGUGGCAUGUAUGAAUCCUAUUGCUAUGGCGCGAGCAAGAGGGCCAGCGUCUUCUGGACCAACAGCGAGAGAUUACCUGAACAGAAAUCGACCAACACUGGAAGAGGUUAAAGAAAUGAUAAACAAAAAGAAGACAGGUUCAGAGACUCUAGCAGCCUACGAGGAACAUUUAAACCAGAAAUUUCGAAAUGAACUGAAGAAAAACAGAGAAAAGCUGCUAGGUAGUUCAGAAGGUUCUUCUAAGACUAGAAGAAAAGAGAAAAAAAAGUCAAGUAAAAGCAAAAAGAGGUAUCCUUCUUCAUCUUCUUCAUCAAUGUCAACUUCAGAUAACAGCGAAUCAGAGAAGGAAUACAAGCAAAGAAAAAAGAGUAAAAAGAGCAGAAAAAAAAGAAAGCGAACUGAGAGUGAUACAGAUGAACCCAGGACUAAAAAGAGAAAAAGGAAACACAGACAAGAUAGCAAUGGACAAUCUUCAUCUUCAUAGAUGUGAAAGAGGUGGUCAAGUAAAUUUAUUUCUAAAAUAACUUUUAUUAUGAAACCACAAGUUGCUCUUGUUCUGCUGGAUAUUGGUGGAUGGACUUGUGAAAUGUUGUUUACCAUAGAAAAUCAUAUGAAAUUAUUGAUGGGAGGCUAGAAUGAUUCAUCAUCUUCAUCACUUUGAUUUCUCAUUAAAGAAGGGGGGGAGGGGUCCAUCAGACAGACACAGACACAGACACAGUACCCAUUUAAAUUUAAUUGUACAUGUCUUAUUGUAAAUCAUAGUUUGUAAGUAAUAGUACUUUUAGCCCAUGCACAGACUGAUACCUCUGUAUAGAUAUCAAAGAAACUGUAGCAUGUCAGUCCUCUACUUUUUGAUAAUAGUUUAUCUGUUGAACAUGAAGGAAAACAAGAACUACAAGUAUAAAGGGGGCAAGUUUCUAGUGAGCCCUUUGUCAUUCGCUCUGAUGAAGAGCUAAGACUCAAACAUCAACUCUGAAACUCUUUAUGGUGGCUAAUACACAUUAUUAAAAACUAGAUCAUUGGAUAAUGCAAUUCAAGACUUUUUAU